AUGAAAGUCUUCCUAUGCGCCGCAAUAGCCCUCAGUUGGACCCAUCACGCCCUAGCUAAAAGCUGCUCGGAUCUUUUAAGAUAUCAGGCCUUGAAUAGAACCGCAAUAGAAAAUGCCGAGCCUACACAUCUCAGCUCAUCGGCUGAUGGAAUUGCGUACUGUCGAGUCUCUGGGUCCGUGGCAUAUGGCGAGCGUGGCAAUUCUGUGAGGUUUGAACUCUGGCUGCCUGAGCAGAAAUCUUAUAACAACCGCUUCAUGGUUGUGGGCAAUGGCGGGUUUGCCGGAAUAAUUGAUACGGCCAGUAUGGAAAAGCAAUUGGAACAAGGGUUUGCUGUAGCAGGAGGUGAUUCGGGCCAUCUAGAAGUUAACAAUGGAAAUGGAACGACAACGUCUGGGCAGUAUAUUCCGUUCUUGAAUGAUGCCGAGCAGACAAAGGCAUGGAUACACGACUCCAUUGCCAUUAUAACUGAGCCAACACGAGAUAUUACUUCCGAGUUCUAUGGCAGUUCUCCGAAGCACAGUUAUUAUAACGGUUGCUCGACAGGCGGUGCGCAAGGAUUUGCGCUUGCUCAAUACCAUCCUCACCUCUUCGACGGAAUAUAUGCUGGCUCACCAGGUAAUUGGUAUUCCCACUUGAUGCUAUCAUUUUUAUGGAACAGGGAGCGCACAAAGGGCGAUGCAUACCUUGAUCAAGCCACGCUGAACGCCACGACGAAGAAAAUUCUAGACGCUUGCGAUGAAAUAGAUGGUGUCAAGGACGGUUUGAUUGAAAACCCACUACUCUGUCAUUUUGACCUCGACACAUUAGCUCGUUCAUCUGCGACGACUGUUGCUAGUCAUAACCAGACAUGUCUGAGUCCGAAACAGAUCCAGUCCCUAAAGUCCAUCUACGCCGGGCCGAGAAAUCCCAGAACAGGUGCAAUAAUCUAUCCUGGAUUUGAAUUCGGCUCGGAGCGGGAAUUGAUGCUGCAGGAAACAUCUCUGUAUUUAGCCUAUGCAGCACCACUCUUGCAAAACUUGGUGUUCCACAACCUUUCGUAUGAAGUUGACACUUUCGAUUUCGACAAGGAUGUUGCAAAAGUGAAUAGUUUGGCAAGUCCUCUUAUUGAUGAAAUUUCAUCUGAUCUCGAUGCUUUCCGGCUACGUGGGGGAAAGAUGAUUGUGACUCAGGGUUGGACCGAUCCAUUCAACGCUCCAACUUGGCCGAUUGAGCAUCUUAAACAGCUCGAGAAAGCGAGUCAGCAUGGAUCUGUUGCGGAAUUCUUCAACCUGUACAUGGUUCCCGGUGGCGGUCACUGUGGCGCGGCUGAGACCUAUCCUUCAGUUCCUGCGACAUAUCACGUCAAUGAAGCACUUCUGGCGUGGGUUGAGAAAGACAUCUUCCCAUCCUGGAUCCAGUCGUCGAAUCCCCCAGAUGGUUCAUCGCGAACACGCAAACUCUGCCCCUGGCCCAAGACAGCAAAAUUGCGAGACUUGACGAGACCUGAUAUUUCAGAGAGCUAUGAGUGUGACCAGGACUAA